AUGGAACACACCCGGGUGAGCGCGCGGGAGCUGGCACAUCUCAGCCAGGAAGAGGAAGUUCGAAAACUGCGCAGUGAGUUGGAAUCAUCACGAGCUGCCAAAGAGACGGCCGAGGCCCUUGUAGCUCAGCAUUCCUCCGUCGCUGCAGAAAUAGAGGCGAAGGCGGCGGCGGCGUGCGCAGAGGCCGCAGCAGCCAGAGCCGAAGCUGCGAGCCUGCGAGCGACGGCGGAAGAGACAUCAGCGGAGUUGCUGACUGCCAGAUCGCAGUUGAAUGAAGCGCAGCAGAAUCUCUCCCUGGCUGAAGAGAAGGUCACUGCUGUUCAAGAGGCUUGCAACACCGCUCUUGCGCAGCAGGCUGAUGCUGAAAAGCAGCUUCUGCGGUUUCGAGAAGCUUCUUCCCGGGAAACUGCCUCCGAAUCGAACAGGCUACUAACAGAUUUAACAAUCAAGUUGGCACAAGCGGAGGCUGACACAGCCGAAGCGAAGAGUCAGGCAAGCAAGAGCAAUGCUGAGAUGCAGCUUUUGCAGUCUGCAUUCGCUGAUGCUCGAUGCGAACUGGAAGUUGUAUACAGCCUCCUCUCGAACUCGGAAGUGGUUCAUCAAGAUGCCAUGCGACAUCUGAAAGGAACCAUCAGAGACCGUGAGCUUGGGAUGGCACACCUGCGUCACCUCCUGGAAAGGCUACGUGAGCCACCUGUUCCGGUAAAGGAAGAUGAAGACCUGAAGCGGAAGCUGACAGCUGACACUCCGUCGGCCAGCACACCCGGAAUUCAAUCCUGCCUGAGUUUGCCGAGCCUGUCGUCGGUUUCCUCGCCUCAGAGCGUGCGCACGGUCAAGAGCAAGCCUACGCCCAAAGAGAUCGAAGAUCGGAAAAAAAGAUGGAGUGCCAACUGGCACUAG